AUGGCUACCCACCACGCUGCAAACGAAGAGCUCAAGGCCAGCUCACUCUUCGAUGUAUCUCACGUCACAGCAGUUGUAACAGGAGGCGCCACAGGCAUUGGUUUAAUGAUCACGCAAGCUUUGGUUUCUAAUGGAGCCAAGGUUUAUAUCACUGGUCGUCGUACAGAAGUACUUGAACAAACCAAAAAGACUUACAGUACCGGUCCUGGGAGUAUUCAUGUCCUCCCUGGUGAUGUAAGUUCAAAAGACGAGGCUAUCCGGCUGGCCAAGGAGGUCGGCGAGCAGGAACCUAAUGGUAUUCAAUUGCUUGUCAAUAAUGCAGGUAUUGCACGGGAUGAUGAAACCAAAUUCUCUUCGGUAGGCGAGCCUGACAUGUCUGAUGCCCAAGCCAUCUCGGACCAUUUUCUGCGAACAAAGCCUGAACAAUGGGCCGAGACUUUGCAGACGAACGUCGCUGGGCCAUACUACAUGUCUAUUGCAUUCCUACCUUUGCUCGCCAAGGGGCGAGACGCGACACCUGGUUACACGUCCCAGAUUGUCAAUGUCUCAUCCAUCUCAGGAGCUAUGAAGGGGUCUAGCAUGGGUCAACCAAUCUACGCUUCAUCCAAGGCCGCUUUGACCCAUCUCAGUCGCAUGCUUGCGACUUUGUGCAAGGAUGUCAAGGUCCGUGUUAAUGUCAUUGCGCCAGGAUUAUUUCCUAGUGAAAUGACGACUGGGGAAUCUGACGAAGGCAACAAAAGCAAGAUUGAGAAAAAGAUGUCUAAUCCGGCUGGAAGGCCGGGUCAUGAUACUGAUAUGGCUGCCACGAUUUUAUUCCUUGUUGGAAAGGGUGGUCUGUUCUACAAUGGUCAGAUUGUAUACCCUGACGGAGGCAAUACACUCGUUCAACCAGCUGUCGCUAACUAG